CGGGCCGAGACUUUAAAUCGCCUUCAUUUCCCCCAAAUCCUUCCUUUUCCUCUCCUCCCCCAGGCCGGCGGGGAGGCAGCUUCCACCGUCCUCCGCGCGCGCUCGCCCGGCCUUGCUCUGCCUCCAGGGACCGCCAGCAGCCCGCCUCCAAAAGUUUGAUCAUCUCUUUUUCCCUUGCUUCUUCUUCCUUUUCGGUGGAAGCAGAAAAAGAACGAGCGAGGCAGGGCUAGCGCGGCGCCUGCUCCCCUGGGACCAUGGGCCUGGCGCGGGCGCCCGCGGGGCCCGGGUCGCGCUGCCCGCCUCCUCGGACGCCCCUGGACGCGAGGCUGCGCUGGGGGUGCGCGGGCAGUGCGCUCUGAGCCGGCCUGGCGCGGCGCGGCGUGGGGCUGGCGGCCCCAUGGGGCGCGCCCACACUUGCCCCCCGGGCUCGGGAGCAUGAAGUAGGGGCCUGCCAUGGGCGCGGGAUCCGCACGGGGGGCCCGAGGCACAGCGGCGGCGACACGCGGGGGGGAGUUUCUCUUCGCCUGGAUUGUGGUCUCACUUGCCUGUCACCUGGCCUCCACCCAAGGAACUCCUGAAGAUGUGGAUGUCCUCCAGCGGCUGGGCCUCAACUGGACGAAGGCCGGGGUUGGGCGGAGCCCCACACCCCCGGGUGUUAUUCCUUUCUCAUCUGGUUUCAUCUUCACACAGCGGGCCCGGCUGCAGGCCCCCACAGCUGCCAUCCUUCCCACCACCCUGGGUCCAGAACUGGCACUGGUGCUGAGCCUCUGUUCACAUCGUGUGAACCAUGCCUUCCUGUUCGCUGUCCACAGCCGGAAGCAUAGGCUGCAGCUGGGCCUGCAGUUCCUCCCUGGCAGGACACUUGUCCACCUGGGGCCCCGGCAAUCUGUGGCCUUUGACCUGGAUAUGCAUGAUGGACGCUGGCAUCACUUGGCCUUGGAGCUUCGUGGACGCACGGUCACAUUGGUGACGGCCUGUGGGCAGCAUAGGGUCCCCAUCCCUCUGCCUUCACGUAGGGAUACCACGCUCGACCCCCAGGGCUCAUUCCUCUUAGGGAAGAUGAACCCUCGUGCUGUCCAGUUCGAAGGUGCCCUCUGUCAAUUCAGCUUCUACCCUGUGGCGCAGGUCGCUCACAAUUACUGUGCCCACCUGAGGGAGCGGUGCCAACAGGUGGACACGUACCGACCCCAGCUGGGAGCCCUCUUCCCCUGGGACUCUGGCCCAGCCUUUGCUUUGCAGCCUGAACCAGCCUUGCUUGGCCUGGGGAACCUGACCACAGCUCCAGCAGCCCUUGCAGGCAGGGGAUCCAUGGUGACUGUGGCUCCUGUCACACCCACCAAGCCCUUGAAGAUUAGCUCCCCAAGUGUUCCCCAGCACAGCUUCACCCAGACCCCACGGGCACCUGCCAAGCAGUUAGGCAGAAAAACACCUCUCUCCCCACCAGCUUCUCUGACUAGUACCACCAAAACUCCUCGUCCUGCCUCUGCUCGGCCACUGCAGAUCACAGCCACCAACCCCACCAAACAUCCUCUCACCAAGCCUCCAGCCUCUGCUCUUUUAGUUGCCCCUGUGAAAAGUCCUCACCCUACCCCCAAAACAGUUACCUUUUCAUUCACAAAGCUAGUCCCACCUACCCAGAAGCUGGUGCCCCCCACUUCCCACCUAACACCUUCCAAAUCCUCCAGUCCCACAGUGAGACCUGUCCAGAGGACCCUUGUGACACCCCGACCUCCACCACCCAGUGUUCAGCCCCUGCCUCCUACCGCCAGCUCAUCCAGGAAGUUCACUGUUCCCAUAGUAGUGAAGUCUGAGUCCAGAGGGACCACCUGGGCCAGCAAGCCAAUCCAAGCCACUUGGACACCAGUUACAGUAAUCCCUCCAGCCUUUGGCAUCGGAACCCCUAGAACACGACCUUCCAUCCGAGUCUCUGGUUCAACUUCCACUGGAAGCAAGAAACUCACUGGCUCCAAGGCCUCCAAGAAAGCAGGACCCAAGAGUACUCCCCGGACGCCUGUCUCCCUCAGCCCUGGGAAGACGGCUAGGGAUGCCCCACCAAGCGACCUGACAACCAAGCCCAGUCAGCUGUCCACCCCAGCCCUGGUCCUUGCUCCAGCUCACCUCCUAUCCUCCAGCCCCCAGUCCACCAGCAGCAGUUUUCCCUUUCUCCACCUGCCAGGCUCCACGCCUUUCCCAAUGUUGGGGCCUCCAGGGCCAAAAGGAGACUGUGGCUUGCCGGGUCCCCCUGGGUUGCCAGGGAUACCUGGACCUCCUGGUGCACGAGGUCCUCGGGGUCCUCCUGGGCCUUAUGGGAACCCAGGCCUACCCGGCCCUCCUGGAGCCAAAGGACAGAAAGGGGACCCGGGGCUCUCUCCGGGACAGGCUCACGAUGGGGCGAAGGGCAACAUGGGCUUGCCUGGGCUCUCCGGAAAUCCAGGACCCUUGGGACGGAAGGGACACAAAGGCUAUCCUGGACCAGCGGGGCACCCUGGAGAACAGGGGCAGCCAGGACCCCAGGGCAGCCCAGGGGCCAAAGGUUACCCUGGCAGGCAGGGGUUCCCUGGACCUGUAGGAGACCCUGGCCCCAAAGGCAGCCGGGGCUACAUUGGGCUGCCUGGGCUCUUUGGCCUCCCAGGAUCUGAUGGAGAGCGGGGCCUGCCUGGUUUUCCCGGCAAGAGGGGCGAGAUGGGUAGGCCGGGCUUUCCUGGAGACUUUGGGGAAAGAGGCCCGCCUGGACUCGAUGGGAACCCUGGAGAACUUGGCUUGCCAGGGCCACCAGGAGUUCCCGGCCUCAUUGGUGACAUGGGACCAUUGGGUCCAAUUGGCUACCCAGGACCCAAGGGCAUGAAGGGACUGAUGGGCGGCGUGGGGGAGCCCGGACUGAAAGGUGAUAAGGGUGAACAGGGAGUCCCAGGUGUGUCGGGAGAUCCCGGCUUCCAAGGAGACAAGGGGAGCCAGGGCUUGCCAGGGUUCCCCGGUGCCCGGGGGAAGCCAGGGCCUCUGGGCAGAGUUGGAGACAAAGGCUCACUUGGGUUUCCUGGUCCCCCUGGUCCUGAGGGUUUCCCAGGAGACAUCGGCCCUCCUGGGGACAAUGGCCCUGAAGGCAUGAAGGGAAAGCCUGGAGCCCGAGGCCUGCCGGGACCCCCUGGCCAGCUGGGGCCCGAGGGAGAUGAAGGACCCAUGGGGCCACCAGGGGUCCCUGGCUUGGAGGGCCAGCCUGGAAGAAAGGGAUUUCCUGGGAGGCCAGGCCCAGAUGGCUUGAAGGGGGAACCGGGGGAUCCUGGACGGCCAGGGCCUAUGGGCGAGCAGGGGCUUCUAGGAUUCAUUGGUCUAGUUGGAGAGCCCGGAAUCGUUGGGGAAAAGGGUGACCGUGGCAUGAUGGGACCUCCAGGUGCACCUGGACCCAAGGGGUCGAUGGGCCAUCCUGGAACACCAGGUGGUGUUGGGACACCUGGAGAGCCUGGACCCCCGGGCCCUUCAGGAUCCCGAGGCCCACCAGGCAUGAGGGGAGCCAAGGGGCGCCGGGGCCCCCGAGGACCAGAUGGACCAGCUGGGGAGCAGGGAUCCAAGGGCUUGAAGGGCCCUGCAGGACCUCGGGGAAGACCUGGCCAGCCAGGACAGCAGGGUGCGGCUGGUGAGCGAGGCCACUCAGGCCCACGAGGCUUCAUCGGCAUCCCUGGUUCCUCAGGCCCUCCAGGUGCCAAGGGCCUCCCAGGAGAACCGGGUUCUCAGGGACCUCAGGGCCCAAUCGGCCCUCCAGGAGAGAUGGGACCCAAGGGGCCUCCAGGUGCAGUGGGAGAGCCUGGCCUUCCUGGGGACUCUGGGAUAAAGGGUGACCUUGGACCUCUGGGCCCCCCUGGGGAGCAAGGCCUCAUUGGGCAGCGGGGAGAGCCAGGCCUUGAGGGAGACCUUGGUCCUGUGGGGCCCGACGGGCUGAAGGGGGACAGGGGUGACCCAGGGUCUGAUGGUGAGCGUGGUGAGAAGGGCCAGGAAGGGCUGAAGGGUGAGGACGGGCUCCCUGGGCCUCCAGGCAUCACGGGCAUCCGGGGUCCUGAAGGAAAGCCAGGCAAGCAGGGUGAAAAAGGCCGGACGGGAGCUAAGGGUGUCAAGGGCUACCAAGGACAACUGGGAGAGAUGGGUGACCCAGGAGACCCUGGACCUCCUGGCACCCCAGGCCCUAAAGGGUCCCGGGGCACCUUGGGACCAACGGGUGCUCCAGGACGGAUGGGGACCCAAGGAGAACCAGGAUUGGCUGGUUAUGAUGGACACAAAGGCAUUGCAGGACCCCUGGGACCUCCUGGACCCAAAGGCGAGAAGGGGGAACAGGGAGAGGAUGGCAAGGCUGAGGGCCCACCUGGGCCACCUGGAGAUCGGGGUCCUGUGGGUGAUCGAGGGGACCGUGGGGACCCUGGGGACCCUGGAUACCCUGGUCAGGAGGGAGUUCAAGGCCUCCGUGGAAAGCCGGGCCAGCAGGGCCAGCCCGGGCAUCCGGGACCCCGGGGACGGCCGGGACCCAAAGGAUCAAAAGGUGCAGAGGGCCCAAAGGGAAAACCAGGCAAGCCUGGGGCAGCAGGUCGGAGGGGGACCCAGGGGCCACAGGGGCUGCCAGGACCCCGGGGUGUAGUGGGAAGGCAAGGCCCAGAGGGUGUUGCUGGACCUGAUGGUAUUCCUGGCAGGGACGGCCGGAUUGGACAUCAGGGGGAGCAAGGAGACGAUGGAGACCCUGGCCCCAUGGGCCCUGCUGGGAGAAGAGGAAGCCCAGGUGUGGCUGGCUUGCCUGGAGCACAGGGGCCCCCAGGAUUCAAGGGUGAAAGUGGGUUACCCGGGCAACUGGGUCCCCCUGGAAAGCGAGGGACAGAGGGCGGAACAGGGCUUCCUGGGAACCAGGGGGAGCCAGGAUCCAAAGGCCAGCCGGGUGACUCUGGUGAGAUGGGUUUCCCAGGAGUGGCUGGCCUCUUUGGACCUAAGGGCCCCCCUGGAGACAUCGGCUUCAAAGGCAUUCAGGGCCCUCGGGGGCCUCCUGGCUUGAUGGGAAAGGAAGGCAUCGUUGGGCCCCUUGGAAUGCUGGGACCUUCUGGACUCCCGGGUCCAAAGGGCGACAAAGGCAGCCGAGGGGAAUGGGGACUGCAAGGCCCGAGGGGUCCUCCUGGCCCGAGGGGACGGCCAGGGCCACCGGGUCCUCCUGUGCAUCCUAUCCAGUUUCAGCAAGAUGAUCUUGGAGCAGCUUUCCAGACUUGGAUGGACACCCACGGAGCAGUCAGAUCAGAGGGGUACAGCUAUCCGGACCAGCUGGUGCUGGACCAGGGCGGGGAGGUCUUCAAAACCUUACACUACCUCAGCAACCUCAUCCAAAGCAUUAAGACACCCCUGGGAACCAAGGAGAAUCCAGCCCGAGUCUGCCGGGACCUCAUGGACUGUGAGCAGAGGAUGGUGGAUGGUACCUACUGGGUGGACCCCAACCUCGGCUGCUCCUCUGACACUAUUGAAGUCUCCUGCAACUUCACACAUGGUGGGCAGACAUGUCUGAAACCCAUCACGGCCUCCAAGGUGGAGUUUGCUGUCAGCCGGGUCCAAAUGAAUUUCUUGCACCUGCUCAGCUCCGAGGGAACACAGCACAUCACAAUCCACUGCCUGAACCUGACCGUGUGGCAGGAGGGCCCAGGGCACCCCUCUGCUAGGCAGGCUGUGCGCUUCCGGGCCUGGAAUGGGCAAGUCUUUGAAGCUGGGGGUCAGUUCAGGCCAGAGGUAUCUAUGGAUGGCUGCAAGGUCCAUGAUGGCCGCUGGCACCAGACACUGUUCACCUUCCGAACCCAGGACCCACAGCAGCUGCCCAUCGUCAGCGUGGACAACCUCCCGCCUGCCUCAUCAGGAAAGCAGUACCGCCUCGAAGUUGGACCUGCAUGCUUUCUCUGACCUUUGACCUCUGGGCUCCUCUAGGCUUUGUGAAGGAGGGAAGAAGAGAGGCCACCUGGUCCCAGGAGAGGCAGCCACCUGCCUUAGGGCCCUUGUGCAGGCCCCAGAUGCUGUCUGCUCAACAGGGGUUGGGCGGGGUAAGAAUCAAGACUCUGGCUGUCCUUGGGAACCACCAAUCCCAGCUUAGUCCCAAAGACCAACUAAAGAGCCAGCCAGAACAAGCUAGGCCUACAACCCAUCCCAGCCCUUGGCCUAUGGCCCAGCCCUGCGGACACCCCCUCCUUCCCUGGCUUCCUGCCCAAAGAGCCCCACACUGAAGCCACCUUGAGGGAAGGGGACAUGGUGUCAGCUGGACCCUGCCAGGCAGUUUUGAUGUGCAAUAUUAGAAAGGAGACAUGGGGGAAAAAAGGAAAGAAAAAAGUCUAUCUAUAUAUUAUUUAAACAAGCAAAGAGAAGAUGUGUUUCUGACUUUUCACCUGGGAAGGGUGAAGAUGAGCAAGAACAACAGCUGGGGGUGUGGAGAGGCAGACCCCUGGGCUGGGGUCAUGACCCUGGGCUGGGGUACAUGGGCUACCUCCCACUGUGAAAUCGCUGGUGCUCAUAAUUGUCUCUCAUAGUGUAUGUGAUUUUUUUAAGGGAAAAAGAAAAAAACCUUAUUUAAGAUUCUAAAGGUGCUACUAUUUUUUUUUUUUUUUUUUUACCAUGGACUUUGAAGAAACUUUUUUGAGUGAUGCCUUGUCCACACAUCUCUCUAUCCUCCAAAUGGGGAAGUUAAAAAAUGUUACUGUCAUCAUCCCUGUAGUCUGCUGAGGAGGGAAAAAAAAAAGAAAAGAAAAAAUGAAAAAGGAAAAAAAAAAAGAAAAAAGGACAAAUCCUUUCUGAAACCAAAAGUAGAUUUCCCACUAAUUAUGGACUUGGGAGUAUUAGAGGAAGCGUUUAACUGCCUUGGUCCUAGAUGGGUCUAGGUCCCCCUUACAGGAUCUGCCCUAGAGUAGUCCUGGGAGAAAAAGCGAUUUCCAAAGGCAUCAGGUCCAGGCUGGCCUGGAAGGUGGGCUGUGAAUACAGAGCAUCUCUGAAGCCAGGUGACAUGUCCUUGAGGUGCAGUGACCCUGUUUUCUCACAUCACAGCUCUGUAGAAUCCCACCAUCCUUUCCCUCAAGUGCCAAUUUGGGCAGAGGAGGAUGGAACAGUUUUAUGGGUACCUCAGGGGUCUCCACAAUGGUGACCUUUCAUUCGACCUGAAUCAUAAACAAGUCGGGACCCCAAUUGGAAUUUGAAGUUAUUUUAACUAUGGGAUUAUUUUUAUAGAAGGAAGAUUUAUGUCGAAGUCUCUAUUUGUGUUUCUAAAGUUGUGUCUGGUGGGGAAUUGAAUUUUCUUUCCAUUAUUUAAUACCUCACUCUGGCCCAUCCUCCCCCCCAUGUCUUCUGUGUCCACCCACCUGUCCCCCAGCCUGGAUGUGCAUGUUUGUCACUUGGUCCUCAUCUUUGCUCGGUUUCCUGUUUCUGCCCUCUGCAUCCCCUUCCAGCCUCCCUCUUGUCUCUUGAUGCGUAUUCACUGUCCUUUGUUUCUGUCAAAAUGUCUGUGUUCAAACCCCAAUGGGUUCUGUUUCUCCUGUUCCAUUCCAGACUUUAAAUAAAUAUUUAAAACAGGCAACG